ACACAUCUUCAAAGACCUGCCUGCCUUUCGAUCCCACUGCCAAAGGUAUAACCUUCAGCCCAGUUACACAAAAACACUGACAAGCCGACUAUCGAGCUCCAAAUCUAAGCGAAAAGUUUCAAAAACCCGAGAAACCCGAUAAAAAAACCCGAAAAACAUGUCAACCAACUUCAAGUCCAGAAUUCCGAAGCGCAUUAAGACCUCGAAGACGACAGCUCUACAUGCUACGAAAUCGGAAAGUUGUCGCUCUCGUAGUGCCGCCUUCAAAUAUCGCUGUUCGACGUUUCGCUCUAAAUUGCCUCUGCCGAUCAAUAAGCUUGCCGCUUCGGUCAAGCCAGUGUCGCUGGAAGCGGCGGUGGUUAUGAAGAAACUGGAAACGGAAACCGAUGUGAUCAUACGCUCACUAGUACGACGCUCGAUACCGCCGGCGGUACGCGGCAAUCGGACCUCCUUUCGACGCAUUCAACUGGCCCACGGUUCACCGGUGGCCAGUGCCUCGUUGAUAAUGAAACCGAUUAGUUGGCGAAAUACUAGCAAGGUGAUUCAUGAGCCAGAGAAGCAGCUAAAUCAAUCCAUUCCCCUGGCUAACCAUGAAAAGCUUCCCGAGGCCCAUCAAGUUUCGGCCAAGAAUCUUCUCGAGCUGGUGGCCGGCAAAAGGCAACCGGAUAUGCAACUUAUGCGCUUCCUGUGCAGCGAUCAUCGGCUUAUCAAUGUUCCCUGCCACCUCAUGUACCGCCACUCAGUGGUGAUGUGUAGAUUGGACACGCUGGAACAGCCCAUCGAGCUGCGGUCCAUACGUUCGGUCACGCUACUGAGGGUGAUCCUGUGGAUGCACGAGAAGAGCUUGUGUGGAAAUGGCAACCGAACUGGAACAGAAUCUCAACGAAGUUGCAUUUGUUGGAAUGAUAGUGAUGUUGCUAAUGAAACAGGAAACGGAAGUGAAAAUAACGAGAACAGUGGCAAGAACACUUAUGAAAAGGAAACUAUGACAGAGGAUAAUGAUUCUAAAAGAAAUGAUAACGAAGAAAGUAUCAAUUAUGAUAGAUGCGAAUGUGAAAGUCCCAAGGACAUGAGGGAAACUAGUAAGAACAAGAACACAAAUGCGGAUAGUGUGAAAACUGAUAGGGAAAUCACUGAAAACAGUCAAGAAAAGCCCACAAAUCCGCAUGAAAAAUCCGAAAUUAUAAAAAAUAAUAAAUAUAAUGGCUUAAAAGAAGGCAGACAAGAAAACACAGAGGAUAAAUGUGUUAGCAGAGGAAGGAUAGAAGGAAGUGAUAGAAUGUCCAGUGAAAGUGACAGCCUUUUAAGGAGUCAAAAUUGUUAUUACCACAACGAAAUAGAAAAGGGCAUGGAAACCAAAGAGGAAAAUCAUGAAAAUGCCUCGACAGAAAGUGUAAAAUAUGAAAAUAAAACAAUAAUUGCCAAUGAAAAAGCGGAAAACAGUUGGGAGCUUAAGCAGAAACUUAAGAAAAAUGCCUACAAUGAAAACGAGAAUAAAAUUGGGAAAUAUUCCAGAAGUGUAAAUUCAAAGCGAGAAUAUAGAAAGGAAAAUGUGAUAAAACUAAAUGCAAGUACUGGAAACACUCAAAGAAAAACCAAAUGCCAAACCGACUUAAACGGCAGCGGAAGUCACAAGAAAGUUGCAAUUCCUAAUAGAGAUAGAGAUCGGAAAAGUCAAGAUCGUACUGUUAAUAGUGCCAAGGAAAACGGCUUUGAUAAACGUAAGAAAAAGGGACUCAUCCUAGGUGAAGCCAAUAGAAACAUCGAGGAAAAUCUUUAUAUAUAUAACGAAAAAAAACAAAAUUCAAGUAAAACUCAUACCAGAAAAUGCAAAAGUAACGACGAAGGUACAGGAAGUGAAAAUGAAUCGCAGCCAUUUGGGGAAAAUUCAUGGAACUUCUCGGCUAGAAGUAAACUUUAUUCGUGGGAAGAGCGUUUGCUGGGCAGCGAGCUCUGCCAGCUGGUGGAGCUCAUUCUGGCUGCCCACUACCUGGGCGUUGAGUCCCUGACCAACCAUGCCACCUAUCAUUUUGGCAAACUGAUGGCCCAAAGGACACAAUGGGAACGCUAUCAAAUGCUCAAGAUCAAGACUCAUUUGGCAGGUGUACGACAGACCUUGGAUAGCCAUCGUCCCUUGAUCACAGAGAUAAUGUCACAGACCAGGAACAUAGAUUCAGUUUAUUAUGGCACAAACAUACAGCAGCAGCAGCAGCAGCAGCAGCAGGAUUCUAAUCGGAUGUCAAGGAUCAGGCGAUCACGCCUGGACUUACAGGCUCCACUUUGCCCCAACACACCGCAGGGCCAUCAUCAGCAUUGUUUUCGAUCUACGCUUUAACUUGAAAACGUU